AUGCGCAUUGCCCCUUACGUCCCACCAGUCCCUCACCCUAGCGAGCUGCAUGCACCACAUCCCGGCGAGCACCCUGACACAUAUUGGGUUAUUACAGUGGGCCAGGAGGUAGGAAUUUUCUUUCAUUGGCUUGACGUUGGUGAACGUACUCAAGGCAUCAGCGGGGCCAUCCAGGUCAGACAAGAGACUUGGGUGGAUGCUUUGCGCUUGUAUACGAGGAAAUACAAUGAGGGCGCGGUGGAAGCGCGCCCCCGUGUAGGGGGUCGUUUCUGGCCACCCCAUGUCCCUCGGACUGCCCUGUCUGCCCCAUCAUCGCCUACCUUGUCUGCCCCAUCAUCGCCUGCCUUAUCUGCAAAUUCAAGCGAGGAUAGUAUCUGGACGUAUGUCGAGGAUUUGUCGGAACAAAUGACCCAGGACACGCGGUACUAG